AUGUUAUUCCUUGCUGGUUCUAUUCUCUUCGCUGCUGCUGCUAGUGCCCGCCCAUCUAGGAUAAUAUCAAGACAAGAGACCGUCGAUGUCGGAGGAUUUAAGAGCAGGAUAAUUCCGGUUGUCGUUGGUGGAACACAAGAUACCUUCGUACCCAACACAAUAACGGCCGCGGUCGGGGAUAUCGUCCAGUUCCAGUUCAGCAACGGCAACCAUACAGUAACCCAAAGCUCACCGGAUGCACCCUGUACUCCGCUCCAAGCAACGGUGGCGACCGCUAUCCACAGUGGACACAUUCCAUUCCAGGAUGGACAGACAACAGUCGGAACAUUCAACAUGCCCAUAACCAAUACGGACACUAUGUUUCUCUACUGCGCGACGGGCCCGCAUUGUCAAGAGGGACAAGUCAUGGUAGUCAACCCCACCAACGACCAACAAAUCGUCGACUACGCCAAAGCCUCAGCCGGUACGAGUUCCAGCGUCGACGGCAACACGGUCACCGGCGGAACGGUCGCCUCGAUCCCUCUUGAGGCGGCCGCUUUUGUUCCUGCCCCGGCGCAACAGCAGCAAGCGCCGCCUGCGGCUACUCAGCCAGCCGCUGGAACCACCAUCUCGACGGUUGCGCCGGCGGGGUCAACAAUUACCAUUUCGUUAGGAGGUGGCGUCGCCGCUGCGGUACCCGGUACGACGACGGUCGUUGUCACUGUGCCGGCAGCGACUGCUUCGGCGGCUUAA